AUGGGUGCACUGAUGGCAUUUGAAAAUGUGUCGCUCUUGUCCAGUUACUCUGCUCCUGCCAGUUGGGAUCCCUUCCAUCGUCCCUUGGACUCCAUCCAGCCCUGGCAGUUCAGCCUUCUGGCAGCAGUAAUGUUGGUGGUGACUUCCCUGUCACUUGCUGAGAACCUGGCUGUAAUUCUGGUAACUUUUAAGUUCAAGCAAUUGAGACAACCUGUCAAUUAUAUUAUAGUAAAUUUGUCUGUGGCUGAUUUCCUGGUCUCACUGACUGGUGGUACCAUCAGCUUUUUAGCAAAUCUAAAAGGAUAUUUUUUUAUGGGAUACUGGGCUUGUGUAUUGGAAGGAUUUGCUGUCACAUUUUUUGGAGUUGCAGCUCUCUGGUCCCUGGCUCUGCUGGCCCUCGAGCGCUACAUCCUGAUCUGCCGCCCGCCGAGGAGCACCCGCUGGAGGGGCAGGCAGGCAGCUCUGGCCAUUGUCUUUGUGUGGACUUUCUCCUUCAUUUGGACCAUUCCACCAACAGCUGGCUGGAGCAGUUACACCACCAGUAAGAUUGGAACUACUUGUGAGCCUAACUGGUACUCAGGAGCUUAUGCUGACCGUGCAUACAUUAUUGCAUUCUUCACCACCUGUUUUAUAGCACCCUUACUGGUGAUUUUGGUGUCCUAUGGAAAAUUGGUGCAGAAGCUAAAAAAGGUGUCAGAUGCACAAGGCAGGCUGGGAACCACCAGGAGACCCGAAAGACAAGUGACUAGAAUGGUUGUCUUUAUGAUCAUUGCCUUUCUCAUCUGCUGGAUGCCAUAUGCUGCCUUUUCUCUCCUGGUCACUGUGUGUCCCUCCAUCCAACUGGAUCCUUGUCUGGCAGCAAUUCCAGCUUUCUUUUCCAAAACAGCUACCGUUUAUAAUCCAAUUAUUUAUGUCUUUAUGAACAAACAGUUCAGGCAGUGUCUGAUUCAAAUGUUCAGUUGCAGUACCAUAGGAACUGGGGAGUCCAACAUGAACCUGACUUCAGUGGGAGCAGUGCUAACCCAGGACAGAAGAGGCACUGAGAUGUCCCCCAUGGCAGCUCUCAGCACCAUUUCUAAGAGGAAAUCUGCAGAUGAGCACGGAAGGCAACAAUCUUUGGCUCUGUUGAUAACUUCAGAAAACAAAAUGUGUCCCAUGUAAAGUGGGAGAUGAGAUUGUUCACGCAAUGCUAGAGCAUAUUUCGUUGUUACAAUCACCUAAA